AUGCCCAAGUACUAUUGCGAUUAUUGCAAGUCUUACUUGACUCAUGACACCAUGAGUGUUCGAAAAUCUCACUUGAUGGGUAAGCAUCACAUCAAAUACUACUGCGACUACUACGAGUUCAAGGCUAAAGAAACCGGUGAAUGGAGCCCACAAGAGCUAAUAUAUGAAGUUACAUUUGACAAGUUGAACAAAGGUAUACCGGGCGGUGGCACCAGUAGCAGUGAUAAAAAUUCGAGUAACAAUUACACCUCUGGGCUUGGUGCUGCUGAUAGGAGAAGCGGGGAUAAAGGUGCUUUGGACCUGAACCAGAACCAGAUUAGACAUGGCUAUGCGGUAGAAAAUGCAGACAAGGAUGAGGAGUUCGUACUUCCGCCUCCGCCACAUUUGACUGGACUACCUCCGCCACCACCUGCGAUUUACAAUAAUGCAAGAGAAGCUCAACUUGCAGUUCAUCGAUUUACGCAGCAGUGA